GACCCGAGGCGGCGAGGGGAGAGGGCGCGCGUCGCGACCCGGGGGACCAGAGAGAGCUGCCCGCGUCCCCUUGGUCCCCGCUCCUCCUCGACCCACGCGCGCCCUCCACGAGCUUUCUCCGUGGGAACCCGGGAGUCGGCUCUUCUGCUGCGCCCUCCCAGGGGCCGGGGCAGGUGGCAUCUCCUCGGGGCCUGUUUGUCGCCAGGCCAUCAGCGAUCAAAAGCGAAAGGAACUGCGUUCGGUGUGCGCGAGCAGCUGGAUCAAAGAAGACUGGAAACAUGUCGGAGUUUUGGUUAAUUUCUGCCCCAGGAGAUAAGGAAAAUUUACAAGCCCUGGAGAGGAUGAACAUAGUUACCGCCAAGUCCAACCUGUCUUAUAACACCAAAUUCACAAUUCCUGACUUCAAGGUGGGGACCUUGGAUUCCCUUGUCGGCCUCUCUGAUGAGCUGGCGAAGCUCGAUAUCUUUGCUGAAAGUCUCAUAAGGAGAAUGGCCCAGAGCGUGGUGGAAGUGAUGGAAGACGCCAAAGGGAAGGUCCAGGAGAACCUUCUGGCCAAUGGAGUUGACCUAACGUCCUUUUUGACCCACUUCGAAUGGGACAUGGCCAAAUAUCCUGCAAAGCAGCCGCUAGUGAGCGUGGUGGACACUCUGGCAAAGCAACUGGCACAGAUCGAGACAGACCUGAAGUCCCGAACGGCUGCCUACAACACUCUGAAGACAAACCUAGAGAAUCUGGAGAAGAAAUCCAUGGGAAACCUCUUCACUCGGACCCUGAGCGACAUUGUGAGCAAAGAAGACUUUGUGCUGGAUUCCGAGUACCUGAUCACACUGUUGGUCAUUGUCCCCAAACCAAGUUACGUACAAUGGCAGAAAACCUACGAAUCCCUCUCAGACAUGGUCGUCCCACGGUCAACCAAAUUGAUCGCUGAGGACAAGGAGGGCGGCCUCUUCACUGUGACUCUGUUUCGAAAAGUGAUCGAUGAUUUCAAAACCAAAGCCAAAGAGAAUAAGUUCACUGUACGAGAAUUUUACUAUGAUGAAAAAGAAAUUAAAAGGGAAAGGGAAGAGAUGACCCGAUUGCUGUCGGAUAAGAAGCAACAAUAUCAAACUUCCUGUGUUGCUCUUAAAAAGGGAUCAUCCACCUUCCCGGACCACAAGGUUAAGGUAACCCCGCUAGGGAACCCCGAUAGGCCCGCUGCGGGGCAGAGCGACAGAGAGAGAGAGUGUGAGGGCGAGGGUGAGGGCCCGCUGCUGCGAUGGCUCAAGGUCAACUUCAGCGAAGCCUUUAUUGCCUGGAUCCACAUCAAGGCGCUGAGAGUGUUUGUGGAGUCUGUGCUCAGGUAUGGACUGCCAGUGAACUUCCAGGCGGUUCUCCUCCAGCCUCAUAAGAAGUCAUGCACCAAACGUUUACGAGAGGUUCUGAACUCCGUCUUCAGGCAUCUGGAUGAAGUUGCAGCUGCAAGUAUAUUGGAUGCAUCCGUGGAGAUCCCUGGACUCCAACUCAGCAACCAAGACUACUUUCCUUACGUCUACUUCCACAUCGACCUUAGUCUUCUCGAUUAGAAAGAUGAGCUGGUGCCACUAAACUUGAGCAUUCGUGCGAACUACUACAGAUGCUUCCUUCCUUUAGCCAGAGAACAAUUUUAAGUAUCCUACAGAAUUUAGAUUUUUAGAGAAAUUGCUCACGAAGAUUAGUGACAGUUGUAUUUAUUUUUUGU